CUCCUGUAAUCAACACAUAUUCCUUCCCAAAGGGUAACUAAAAUUAAAUUGAGAAACUUUUCAAUAAUUGAGAAAACAGAGUCACCUUGUUCUAAAAAAGAAAUAGGAUUUGAGGUAAUUACUAAUUAGUAAUAGGCCGAGGAGAAAUGAACGACAGCAACGAUCAACUACCUAACGAAAAAUAACCGGAAGAAAAUAGAAAGAAAACAAAAACCGAUCAGAAAAAGGUAGAAAAAGGGAGGGAGAAAAAAAUAGGAAAUUCCCGGUUGUUGGUUUUGGGUUUGUCGUUGUUCUCGCCCAGUCCGUCCAUCUUCUAGCAUUGAACUUGUCGUGGUCGUCUCUCCUCUUGUCUCCUUUUGAUUCUGGCGGUGUUAUUGUUUGCGGGAAUUAUGAUGGGUUUUCUCUUCUGAAUCAUUUUUCUGUGCAUUGGAAAUUCCUAGCUCCAUCUCCAUCUCUUUGCUUGAAGUAGCUGUCUUAAUAGCUUCUGCUUUGCUGGGUCUUUGAUUCCUUCUUUCUUUUGAUCCCUUUUUUUCCCUCUUCGUCAACUUUGCUGCCAAGGAGAAAAGCUCCUUCCUUUCCCCUUUUCCCCUCUUUCUUUACCUUCUUUUACUCCUACAGUUUCUUGGGUGUUUGUAAAUGUGGAGCUCUGGAGAGCCCGCGGAUUCUUACUACGAGGUCCGCCCGGAGUGUACGGAUGUUCCUAAAACCCGCUUCAAAAUCAAGCCUGGUAAGACUCUGAGUGUCAGAAAAUGGCAGGCUGCAUUUACUCCAGAAGGCCACCUGGAUAUAAGCAAGACAUUAGGUCGAAUUCAACGUGGGGGGAUUCAUCCGUCAAUUAGAGGAGAAGUUUGGGAAUUUCUACUUGGUUGUUAUGAUCCUAAGAGUACAUUUGAAGAACGAGAUGAGAUUCGACAGCGUAGAAGGGUUGAAUAUGCUAGCUGGAAGGAGGAAUGUCGGGAAAAAUUUCCAAUCGUCGGCAGUGGCAAGUUUAUUACAGCACCUGUAAUCACCGAAGAUGGUCAGUCUGUUCAGGAGCCAUUGUAUCUUUUAGAAGCAGGUAAUAAUGCUGCAGCUGAACCUCCUAAGGAUAGGGAUGCUGCUGAGACUGGUGAGACCGGUGAAACUGAUGAUACUGGUGAAGCUGGUGAAGAGGGUAAAGCUGGUGAAGCUGGUGAAGAGGGUGAAGCUGGUGAACCUGCCAGUACAGCUGUAGUCGGUGAAACUGUUGCUAACGGUGAAACUCAAUCAAGUAUAAAUAUUUCCAGUUGGCAAAUGAUGAAAGAGAUUAUCAGUCAUGGCCCUCUGGAUAAGAAAGUCAUCCAGUGGAUUCUUACCUUGCAUCAAAUAGGUUUGGACGUGAUUCGCACUGACCGAACAUUGGUUUUUUAUGAGAAGCAAGAGAAUUUGUCAAAAUUAUGGGAUAUCCUAGCUGUCUAUGCUUGGAUUGACACAGAUGUUGGAUAUUGUCAAGGAAUGAGUGAUCUUUGCUCCCCCAUGAUAAUUCUUCUUGAUGACGAAGCUGAUGCAUUUUGGUGCUUUGAACGUCUGAUGAGAAGAUUGUAUCAACCUUCUAAUGAUUUGUUAUUGCUCGAAUUUCAAAAGCGAGGAAAUUUCAGAUGCACAGAGAGCUCUGUUGGUGUGGAGUCGCAACUCAGUAAUCUGGCAGCGAUUACUCAAGUUAUUGAUCCAAAACUUCAUCAGCACUUAGAAGCUCUUGGUGGAGGUGACUAUUUAUUUGCUUUCCGCAUGCUUAUGGUUCUAUUUCGGCGAGAGUUCUCUUUCUGUGACUCACUAUACCUAUGGGAGAUGAUGUGGGCUCUUGAAUAUGACCCCGACUUGUUCGAGUUGUAUGAAGAGCCUGAAGCAGCGGAGGGAUCCAAAGGAAGAACAAAGUCUAUACGUCACUAUGGGAAGUAUGAGAGGGAGAACAUGAAAAGUGGUUCAGCAGAGGAAGCUCCCCUUCCCAUCUCUGUUUUCCUCGUUGCAAGUGUCUUGAAAGAUAAAAGUGCAAAGCUACUACAAGAAGCCCGAGGCCUGGAUGAUGUUGUCAAGGUUAACUUCCUAAAGCUAACUUCUGCUAUGCCAACGUAUAUUCUAGAUUACAACUUUAUAUUGAACGACAUCACUGGUAAUUUAGACGCCAAGAAGGCCUGCACUGGUGCAAUGAAACUUCACAAGAAAUAUUUGAAAAAGGCCAAGAAGUAGCCAUAGAUGAGGGGAACCUAGUGUUCAUAUGACACCCCCCCUUCCUGGACUGUGUAAUGUGCCAUGAAUUUACCAUGGUUAAAACCAAUGUACCUUUCCACUUUGCGGCAGCAGAAAAGGGAGUGGCGUUUAACUCGAGAACUACUCCGCGCAGCCAGGGGAUUUCCAGUUUCUGUAAAAGAAGAGGCAAGGAUUGUAGUUGCUGCUGCUGCUGCUGUUGUAAUUAAAACUAAUUUUUUGUCAAAUUUUGUGUAAUCUAUAUUACUGUGUAACCUAAAGGAACCCACCAGAAAGAAAAGAACAAAAAUACAAGAAACAAAGAGGGUAGCAUUCUUUGGAUGACAAUUCAUACAAAGGGGAAAAGGAAAAGAUCAUUCUUUGGAUGAUAACUGUAAAAAGAUUCAAUUAUAAAACUGUAAGUUCAUAUUACUAUCAUUUGAAGCAUCUUAAUUUCACUUUAGUAGUAGCAUUCUGACUAAAAU